UCACAUAAACAUUUUAGAAACACAGUUUUAAUCAAUAAAAAUAAAAAUGUCUCUCGACCAAACAGUUAAAACCCCUGAAGAUAACAAAAGCAAACUUAUAUUUUUGCAUCAUAUCGAUUAUUUCGAAACCAAUGAAAUAAAAAAACAUCUGAUAGAUAUAAAUAUCGAAGCACAAUGUUUGAAAUAUGAAAUAUCAGGAUGUUUAUAUCAACAAGAAAAUUUUGCCAAAGUCAUGCAUGAAAACCAUCCAGUGGAAAUAUUGAAUUGUUCAUAUCACAACUAUAUUCAGAAAAUUUUAAGUUGUGAUAUAAUAGUUUUCAAUGCAAAUUCAAGUAAUUUUGAAAAAGUUUGUUCUGAUAUGCGUCGUGUUAUGCAAGGUAUUGAACAAUUGUAUAAAGAAGAAGAUAAAAUGUCAGGUCAAAUGUCACGCAAGUAUUUAGUACUUCUUUCCUCUCCAAUGACAUGGGCUUUAACAACACCUGUUUAUGUGACUAAUAAUGAAGAAGAAGAAGAAGAUUCGAAUGAUAUUCUCUUGGAAGAAGACUAUAGACGUCGUAGGGCACAUAAGAAUUAUUGCAAGCACAAACUUUUAGAACGUGAUGUUAUCUGGCUGCAGAAAAAAUGCAAACCUUUUCUGAAAACAUUAAUUGUCUGUCCUGGGGUUACUUAUGGAGCAGAAAACAGUACUUUACAGUAUAUUUUCAAAUUUGCAUUCUACAACAAAGAAGUUCCAAUAGUCAAUACUGGGUACCAAUUUAUACCAUUGAUAUACAUUAAGGACUUUGUUCGCAUAAUGGGAAAUAUUUUUGACAAUUUCCCCGAAUCGAAAAUACGUUACAUAUUUGCUGUUCAACCAACUUUGAUGACUUUAAAAAACUUCACAUACAACAUUUGCCGAGCAUUCAAUGAUGAUUGCAGUAAAAUAAGGUUUCUACACGUUGUAGAGCUCCUAAUGUUCGAAAAGGAACUAUUUCCGCAAACUGUUGUGGACUUAUUGUCUUUGAAUUUAAAAUUUGGCGUAACAUAUUUGAAAGACUUUCAAUAUCAUGAAAUAACUGAAGAAUUUUGGUGUAAAGUAGCAGAAGAGUUUCGUGUUGACAGGAAUUUGCACCCAUUAAAAAUUGUUAUAGAUGGUCCACCGUUAGUGGGAAAAACUGAGCAUGCGAAAAUUCUUUCGGAAUACUAUCAAAUUCCCUGUAUUGAUACAUGUGACAUUAUAAAUAUUUACAUUAAAUUUUUGGAACAAAAAAUUAGUGACAACACUAUUGUUCUAGAAAGUCUUGAGAAUACAUCAAAUUCUGACAAUAUUUCCUCCAAAAAGGACAAUGAAGAUCUAGACUUAAUAGAAGCUCUUAAAUUAAAAAACAAAGACUUCUCAAAAGAACUGUUUGAUCUUAAAGUCUACAUUGCAUCACAUAUAGAAUUUGAAGAUCAAGAUUUUGAAACUUUGUCACGCUGUUUAAUUGGACUUAUCUCAACAAAACAAUACAACAUUAACCAGGGUUAUGUUAUCGACAACUUUCCUUUUACCUAUGAUCAGGCAAAUACAAUUUUCUUCAACACUGUUUGGAGAAGAGUUGAAAACAUUCAAUCUACUGAUAACACUUACCAAGACAAAGCAAUAGCCCUUGGCCCAUCAUCAUUACGACCAACUCAUGUUAUUCUAUUUGAUGCUCCAGAUGAAAUUCUUUGCAAACACGCUAUGGAUUUAACAGAAACCGAUGCUAUAAUUCGUCGAUGUCUUAGACAUCAAAUGCUUCCUCGAUUGGAUGCGUAUCGUAAUAGAAAUGAAGGAUCUCAAUGCUUAGAAAAUAUUUUCUAUGACAAUGAUUUGAUCCCUAUAAGUAUAAAUUUGGAUCCGGAUACUCAAGUUGUUGAUACUAUUCAAAUUAUUAAAAAUGAAAUUGGUCUUCCUUUCACGUAUCCAUUGUCAAGUGCUGAAAUUGAGGUUUUAAACAGAAAAAAAUUAGAAACACGAAUAAAGGAAAAAGAAGAACAUUCUCGUAAAAAGGAAGAAUUGCUGAAAAGUCUCACCACAGAACGGGAACAAAAACUUUUAGAAUGGACCAAAAACUACGAAGAUAUCCGAUUGCAUGAAGAUGAAUUACAUAGCAUCAAAACACUACCUCUACGGCAAUAUUUAGACAAAUACGUUUUGCCCACAUUAACUGAGGGCAUUUUAAAAGUAGCUGAGCUGCAACCAGAUGACCCUGUGGAUUUUUUAGCUGAAUAUUUAUUCAAAUGCAACCCUGAGGGUCAGCAAGUUCCCCCAUUUUGUACUGAAGAACAGAGAAAGCGAUUUGAAAGCACUUUUUAUGAAGAUAUAUGUAGUAGUUCGAGCAGUCUUUCACAUACGUCUUCUAAAUUCGGAUCGUCAGAUAAAUAAAUAUUUUCUUGAAAUAUAACAGUUAUUUAACGUUAACAAUUUUCAUGGAUUAAAUAUAUUAUAA